AAUUGUUUCCAGCAACAAUUGCCAGCUUCUGGAGCUCAGUCUGCUAGAGCCAGACCGUUCUCCAUGGUCCCUUACUUCGGUGGAACCAACUGCUCCGCCCGCAAAUUUAAGAGUAAUUUUUGAAGACCAUGACAUUCGGAAACUAACUCUACCAUUAGGAAUCCCGCAUACAAUAGAGGAUCUCCACACAGCUGUCAGACAGGCCUUCAGUGUACCAGUGGACUUCAUUCUUCAUUAUAUGGACAGUGAUUUUGGGAACCAGUUCUUUACUUUAUCUUCCACAGACCUAAUUCAAGAUAAGGGCACUGUCAAAGUUGUGCUCAUUGAAUCCCCUGUUAUGCUGUUGUCACCACUGAGGAGUUCUGAUGUCGAGGCCAUCGAGAUGGCCCCAGCCUUAUUACCAGGGUCCGCUUGUCCCUCCACGCCAUGCAGUCCCACCACAUCGCGUAGUUCCUCGUUUGCUGACGCGGCUUUGCCGUCGCCCGACCAAAAUCUGGAAAGAUCUGUACCUUGGCCGUCCAAGUUUCCAAUCCCACGCUUCUCCUUCAACACUGAGCUUAUGCUAGAGAGGGCCAACGAAAGCUAUCGCAAGGACGGCAGCCUCUUCAGCGCUCCGGGCAUUAAAAUUGACGUCCUUGAAAAGUUGGCGGAAACAAUCUAUCAGUAUGUAGCCUAUCCAUCCAGCGCACAGGUUUGUGCUGUUGCACAGGCCCUUGUCUCGAAGCAUCCUUGCCUGAAGGAACCCGGCUCGGUCACAGGUUACUAUGGAUGGCAAUCAAGCUUAAAAUACAAAAUGGGCAACUACAGGUCGAAGCUCCGGAGCCUUGGGUACCCUGAGGUUAUGGUGAACUCCCUGAAACAGAAACACCCAGAUCAAAUGACACCCGCCAAAAAUGUGAAGAAACCCAAAAAGGCCGAAGUGAACUAUCUGCCACUUUACCCAGCUGGAGAAACCAGGGAAACUCUAGAGAAUGAGAGGGUGCGGUUAAUUGAAGAAAUGAAGAAAAAAGACAACUUCAAGGUCAUCAAUGACAAAAUGACAAAGACUUUUUCACUGCGCCGACAGGAAGUUGUCAUUCAGUGCCCAAUGAUUACCGAUCUGAAGGAGAGAUGGCCUGCCCUGUUUACCGCAUCUCAGGUGAACAAUGAGUUCCUGAGAAUAACUACCAUACACCUGGAGGCUAAAUUCAUGUCACAGCUCGACCAGUACAGCCCGAGAUUGCUGUCUAUUUUCAAUUCAAAGGGAGGUGUGGCCGGAAGAAAGAUACGGACCAUACUGGACCAUCUACAGCAGCACCACUGUGCCAUAGAGGAAAGAAGAGAGGUUGUGAUCCGGUGCUUGGUGAAGUACUUAGGAGAAGAUGGUCUCAUCAGAGACCACCAGGAUAUGGAUGGAGAAGACACACAGGACCCCUCCGAAAACCCAAUGAAUGUCUACAUCGUCAAAAAAGAAGUUCCGUUGGGGAAUGGCACCCACAAGGGCAUUGUCAUCGUUGUUGAGGGUGAAGAAGCCCUGACUGAUCUGCGUGAUGUGUCUCAAGCGUGCGCCGUUCUGUUAGGCUUCACGUACUCAUUGAAUCUGGAAUACCCUAAAAAGCUUAAAUACACGUUUGAGGUGUUCCAGAAGCUUUUCCUGGAACUGGAUAGCGGCAGAAUGUCCCCAAAAGUGCACUCCCUAAAAAACAGAUUGUUAACUUGAAAUGCCUUUGUUCAUUAGGGGUCCAAGCAUUUUUGCAUCAUCUCAUUUAUUAUAAUCUGAAUUAAGGUCUGUAGGUCCUCAUAAGGUCUGUAGUUCUCUGAGUGAGAUGCCAUUGUCAUGCCAUCACAUUUCCAUCAAAUCUUGUGCCUUUUUGUUUUUGCAUGAUGGCUAAUUUAUGCCACAGUCCACAUGAAACAGGCAUCAAGUUCUGAAAUAAUGUUUUGUGAGUAAACAUUAAAGGAGAGCUUGAAAAAAUCAGUCUCGAGGAGUCACAGUUCAGCGAAAUUUUGUGCCUUUUUUAAAUGAUAGUUCAAGGACACAAAUUAAGGGUCUGUUUUAUCACCUGGUAUCCAUGUGAAACAGGAAUCUUAUGGUGUGAAGUUAUGCUUUGUUAGUAAGCAUUGAAAGAGAGCUUCGAAGUGCCAGUCUUUCGUAGAGGCAUCAUGGGUCAGUCAAAUCUCAAUGAGAAAUUACCAGUGCACAUUUGUUAAAAGGUUUGUGUUAUGCUUUAUAGUACGUAUGAAAGGACAACUUGGACAUUUUGUCAUAUAGCAACAACCAUUUUUUUAAAAUGAUGCCUGAAUGGUAUUAAAAACAGCACCUUAGAUUUUUAUGUAAUCUGGAUAGGAAAUCAGUGUAUAAGGUCUGCUGUUAUGCUUUCUGAGUAAGCAUCAAAUGAUAAAUCACAGUUCAGUAAAAUGUUAUGCCUUCUUUUAAACUAUAGUUGACGUAUUCUAAAAAUUAAGGUUCUGUUUUAUCUCCUGAAAUCCACGUGAAACAGUGUGUUAUAGAGGCUCUGUAAGAUUCUGUUUUUAAAAAAAGUAUUUCAAUAAAUGGAAAACCUUUCUUUCA